AUGGCAGCUACGAUUCUUGGAAAGCGCACUCGGGGAGUGGAGGCGGAAGCGCUUCCCGUGCGCACUGCCAGCAGACGCCGAACUGCCGCACCCCGAGUUCAUGACGAGGUUGCUGUUCCUAUUCUCCCACGUCGAACCCGCUCAACUCGACUCGCCGCCAAAAAGGAAAAUGUAGAGCAGGAGCUGGAUCAGGAAAAUGAAGCGAACAAUAAGACCUCCGAUAAGGCCGCUUCUAAGCACACACUGCGCGAGGAUGAUGGUGAGUGUCCAGUCAAGAUUAAAUCCCAUUUUCGCACCUCGAAACUUGUUGAGGAUGAGAAACCUGUGAAAGUCGAGGAAUCUGAAAAGCUUGAAAUCCCCAAAAAGCUUGACAACCCAGCCCCUAUUGAAUUUAAGACACCACAGAAGGCUCGAUUCAGAGAUGCGCUUCAAACAUCUCCAGUCACUCCCCGUCAUCGUGUACAGGUAGGAGCUAGAACCGUCACUCCGCGGACUCCCCGACAUGCCGAUCUACCUCCAACCCCUCGUCCAAGUGCCACUCCAACCACGUUUCAGACAGUGUACUCCCAGGCCCGACAGCUUUUUGCGCGAGGCGCCACCUCUGGGCGACUUGUUGGUCGAGAUUCCGAGCGAGAGAAAGUGUCGACUUUUAUUGAGGAUUGUGUCCAGUCUAAAAAGGGUGGCUGUUUAUACAUCAGUGGGCCCCCGGGAACCGGAAAGAGCGCAAUGGUCAACGAAGUGUGUCAAGAUAUGGAUCUCACCAAUGUCAAAGUGUCUCAUGUCAAUUGCGUCAGUAUGCGCAACGCGCGGGAUGUGUAUAGUAAGCUCAUCCAAGACUUUUGCGCUGAAUCGGAAGUGUUCAAGAAGAGUGAGACGGAUCGACUAAAGGAGCUCUUCAUACCAUCCAAGCAGAAAGGUCUGUUCUUGGUCAGUUUGGAUGAAAUGGAUCAUUUACUCCAGGGUGAUUCCGGUGUGCUACAAUCCUUGUUUGAGUGGUCCUUGCACGACAAGUCCGCCCUGGUUCUUAUCGGUAUCGCGAAUGCUUUGGAUUUGACGGAUCGAUCUCUCCCCCAAUUAAAAGCAAAGAACCUGAAACCCAGACUUCUACCAUUCCUACCAUACAAUGCUGCUUCGAUUGCAGGUGUCAUCACUGCUCGUCUUCGAUCACUCCUCCCUGCAGGAGCAGAGUCUGACCCGAAGCUUGUGCCUUUUCUGCAACCUGCAGCAAUUCAACUUUGUGCGAAAAAGGUUGCCUCUCAGACGGGUGAUCUUCGCAAGGCGUUUGAGUUGAUCAAGCGCGCAAUUGAUGUUAUUGAGCAGGAAACAAUUGCGAAACUGGACCAGCAAGCUGCUGCCGAGUCGGACCUGCCCGUCCUUCUUGAAAACAAAAAUCUUGCUGCUUCAAAGUCAGAGAAUGACUCGCGUCCUACUAUGUCCAGCUAUACCCCAGUAACAGCACCUCGCGCAAGCAUUGCGCACAUCGCCAGAAUCACUACAUCGGCUUUUGGUCAGGGUACUGUUCAAAGACUGAAGAAUAUCAACCUGCAACAGAAAGCUGCUAUUUGCUCCUUGAUUGCACUCGAACGCAAGCGUCGGGAAAUGGAUAUUCACAGCACACCUUCCAAAUCUCGUUCCUCUCCUCCCACCGUCAAGCAAGCAUUUGACACAUAUUGUACGCUUUGCCGAAAUGAUAACAUCCUUCACCCUCUCACUGCAACCGAGUUCAAGGAUGUUCUCAGCAACUUGGAAACGAUGGGCUUGGUAGGCGAAUACCAAGGUCGCGGCCGUGGUGGUACCGUCGCUGGGGGUUCUGAUGUUCGACGCACACCGUCCAAGUCUGGCAGCGUGACUUCAACCCCGCAAAAGGCCAUGGGUGAACAGGGUCUUGUGUGUUUUGUCUCCCAAUCUGAAAUCGAAAGUCAAAUCGCUGGUCCAGGUGAAGGGAUUCUGCGACGCCUACUACGCGGUGAUGGAUUGUAA